AAGUAUAACUGUCAUCAUAAACUUCUGUACCGUGCACGGUGCAUCUAGUCUACUUGGCUUCUGUGUACCUUAUUCAGAAAGCGUGUUGUAGUCUUAAAGAUUUAAACAAUUAUAUUCCUAAAAUGUAUAUUGUCUCGAAUUUAGUUAAAGUUACCAUACCAAACUAUUUAGCUAGCCUGCCGAUUCCUGAUUCUGUUGGGGGAUGGUUUCGACUUGGAGUUAGGGAUUGGCUUGCUCUAAUCCCGCCCACAGUGGUAGUUGGAGGCAUUUCAUACUACUCUUACCAAACAAUCAAGAAAGCCCGUGAAGCUGGUGAUGGUACAAUCAACCCUGCUGUUAGAAAGGAUAUUAACAAAGUAGUUGAUUUUAUUGACAUUGAGGACAUCACUGAGAAGGUAUCUCUAUGCCGCUGUUGGAGAAGCAAAAAUUGGCCUUACUGUGACGGUGCUCAUGGGGCCCAUAACAAAGCAACCGGUGACAACAUUGGUCCCAUUGUUGUUAGACAUAAGGAAAAGAAGUGAAAACUAGAACAGAAUAUGUAGAAAAAGGUGAUAUACAAAUAAUUGUGAUCAUAUUUAUUGCAGGUUGCCCUAAAAUAUUAUGUAUUAAAUAUGUAUUAUUCUUAUUUUAUACAAAGUAACAACUUAAACAGGAGAUGCUCAUAAUAAUGUAAGAACAAACAAUGUUUACUUUUGUUAUGUUUUGUUUUUUUACCUAUUUUUGAUCAUGUUAAUUGUAGCCAGUGUAUUAACAUCACAUUACAUGAUAUUUUUAGAUUUCAAUACAAAUAAAAUUUGGAUUGUUGAAU